CCUGGAGAAUAAAACACGAGGAACCAGAAGGCUUGAUGAAAGUGAAAGAGGAAAGACAAGAUCUGAACGAAGUGGAGGAGAACCAUCAGGAUCAGAAAGAUGCUGAAGAACAAUCAAUGAAUUGCUCCAAAACUGAAAAGAGUUGCUCACAAAGCAACAUUCAGAUAACAGAAGUUGAAAGGCCUUUCACCUGCUCUGAAUGUGGAAACAAUUUCAAACAUAAAAGAAGCCUUAUGUACCACAUGUUAGUUCAUGCUGGAAUAAAGCCUUUCAGCUGCUCUCAGUGUGGAAGGAGUUUUACACAGAAAAAACAACUUAAUGAUCAUGUGCUUGUUCACUCCUCAGAAAAGCCUUUCAGCUGCCCUCAGUGUGGAAACACUUUCACACGUAAAGCAAACCUUAAAAAUCACAUGAUAAUUCAUAGUGGGGAAAAGCCUUUCAGCUGCUCUCAGUGUGGAAACACUUUCACAUGUAAAGGAAGCCUGAAGAAUCACAUGUUAAUUCAUGCUGGAAUAAAGCCUUUUGUCUGCUCUCAGUGUGGAAAGAGUUUUGUGCAGAAAGGACACCUUAAGAUUCAUUUGGUAACUCACUCUUCAAAAAAGCCUUUCAGCUGCUCUCAGUGUGGAAGGAGUUUUACACAGAAAAAUCAACUCAAUGAUCAUGUGCUUAUUCACUCUUCCACAAAGCCAUUCACCUGCUCUCAGUGUGGAAGGAGUUUCUCAUUGGAAAAAAAACUUAAUGAGCAUGUGCGUAUUCACUCUACAGAAAAGCCUUUCACCUGCCCUCAGUGUGGAAACACUUUCACACGUAAAGCAAGCCUUAACAAUCACAUGAUAAUUCAUAGUGGGAAAAAGCCUUUCAGCUGCUCUCAGUGUGGAAACACUUUCAAACGUAAAGGAUGCCUUAAGAAUCACAUGUUAAUUCAUGCUGGAAUAAAGCCUUUUACCUGCUCUCAGUGUGGAAAGAGUUUUGUUCAGAAAGGACACCUUAAGGUUCAUUUGAUAACUCACUCUUCAGAAAAGCCUUUCACCUGCUCUCAGUGUGGAAACACUUUCAAACGUAAAGAAUGCCUUAAGAGUCACAUGUUAAUUCAUGCUGGGAAAAAGCCUUUUACUUGCUCUGUGUGAAAAGUGUUUCACCUUUAAACAAGAAUUUAAUAGUCACAUGAGAAUUCAUACUAAAGCGAAGUCAUCUGUGUGAGAAGAGUUUUAAAUGGAAAGCUGGACUCAGAGCUCAUCCUCAUCGCUCUCACUCUGCUGUGAGGAAAUUGAACUGAUCUGGACGGAGAUUUCCAAGGGUUGACUCUUUAAAAAGGCACAAGAAAAUAAUGCUUGAGAGAGUGAAAACUCUGUACUGUGAGUGUGGGAAGGAAGAGCUUUAACACAGACGAGUACUCGAUACAGAAAAUAUAGCAGAAACUGUGACUGAAAUAAAGUGAAGCAAUAUUUACAUCCAUAUUUAAAAGUGCAUUUUCUCUCAGAAUCUUGACAUUAUUCCUGAGGUAAAUAGACAUUAGGCUGAUUCUGACUUAAUUUUAGACCUCAGUUGCAAGGUGGAGAAAGUGAAAAAUCACAAGUCUAUU